GGGGGGAUGGCGCCGCCGGAAGCGACGCCACGUGGAACGAUGGGGGGAGUAGUAGUGAACAGAGCAGCUAUGGAGCCGGAGGGCAAUGGGGGAAGACCGCCGGUGACAGCGACGGUUUCAGAAGGGAGAAGGGAGGAGAUUCCCAGCAGAGAGGGAGAGCCACGUCCCGCUGCUUCUGCUUCGCCUGUCGUCGCACGUCGGCCGCACUAUCUUGAUCGCUUCCCUGAUUUCCUUCAGUCUGUUAAUCUCAAGCACGUGAAGCUGGGGUAUCAUUACCUCAUUACUCACGGCAUUACUCUUCUCCUCAUCCCUCUGAUCUUGGCCGUCGCUGUGGAGUUGAGUCGCAUGCGCCCCGACGAUUUGCUGCAGCUAUGGGAGCAUCUCGAGUUCAAUCUGCUUAGCGUCGUUUGCUGCUCCACUGCUCUCGUCUUCGGCGCUACGGUCUUCCUCAUGUCCCGACCCCGACCUGUCUAUCUCGUCGACUAUUCUUGCUACCUCCCUCCGGACUCCCUGAAGUCGACCAUCUCCUUGUUCAUCGAUGGAACGACGGAGUGUCGGAAAUUCGACGAGAAGAGCAUCGAGUUCCAGAAGAAGAUCAUCGCCAGGUCGGGACUGGGAGAGGAGACCUAUCUUCCUCGCGCUGUGCGCGACAAGCCGCCAUAUCCGUCGAUGUUCGAGGCUCGCAAAGAGGCGGAGGACGUCAUGUUCGGCGCGUUGGAGGAGUUGUUCGCGAAGACGCAGGUGAAGCCUAAGGACAUCGGCAUUCUCGUUGUCAAUUGCAGCCUCUUUAAUCCGACUCCUUCGCUCUCUGCCAUGAUUGUUAAUCGCUUUAAGAUGCGUGGGAGUAUUCGCACGUACAGUCUCGGCGGAAUGGGCUGCAGCGCUGGCGUUAUUUCCAUCGAUUUGGCUAAAGAUUUGCUGCAAGUGCACGGCAAUUCUUAUGCCGUCGUCGUCAGUAUGGAGAACAUCACCCAGAACUGGUAUUUUGGCAAUCAACGCUCUAUGCUUCUUCCCAAUUGCUUGUUUCGCAUGGGUGGUGCCGCUAUCUUGUUGUCGAACAAGUAUCGUGAGCGCCGUCGCGCUAAGUAUCAGUUAGUUCACUCCGUUCGUACGCACAAAGGCGCAGAUGACACGUGUUAUAAGUGUGUUUAUCAGGAGGAGGAUGACAAGGGAAACACGGGAGUCUCGCUUUCCAAAGAUUUGAUGGCCAUAGCGGGUGAUGCGUUGAAGACGAACAUCACAACGCUUGGUCCGCUUGUCCUCCCUCUCUCAGAGCAGAUCCUCUUCUUCGCUACGCUUGUCGCUAGGAAACUCUUCAAGAUGAAGAUCAAACCGUACAUUCCCGACUUUAAGUUAGCCUUUGAGCAUUUUUGUAUUCACGCGGGCGGGCGUGCCGUCAUCGAUGAACUGGAGAAGAACCUCCAGCUCAAGCCCUGGCACGUCGAGCCCUCUAGAAUGACUCUUUAUAGGUUUGGAAACACGUCUAGUUCUUCGAUUUGGUAUGAACUCGCUUAUUCCGAAGCUAAGGGUCGGGUUAGGAGAGGGGACAGGAUAUGGCAGAUUGCAUUUGGCAGUGGGUUCAAGUGUAAUAGCGCCGUCUGGCGAGCCAUGAGAACCAUCAAGCCGCCGAAAAUAAACCCUUGGAACGAGUCGCUGGACCGUCUACCGGUCAUUGCGUGAGUUCCCGGUACAUACUAGUAUAUGUCAUCUGUACCUGGUCCACUUCCGGAGUCCUUCGGAACACGAGAGAUCAGACGGACCAUCAUCAUCAUCGUUCCUCUGCGAUCUUCAAUCGGCGGUUGGGACGUCGCGGUCGCUUGUCAGGUAUAGACUAGUAAGUGGGUAGGUGGGUCGAUGGGUGGUCGGGACGGGUCGUCGAUAAGCCUGCCAAGACUCGACACAUGGACACGUGGACCGAGUCCCAGGACCGCCUGCCGGUUGUUACGUCAUCUCGGUAUUUUCAGGGCGCGGGAGUUCCUCUCCCUUCCCCUCCUUCACGACUGCGGGGGGUCCUUUGAUUUGCCGAUGGCUUGGGGUCCUUUUAUUUGCCGAUGGCUUGGGGUCCUUUUAUUUGGCGAUUGGGGUCCUUUGAUUUGGCGAUUGGGGUCCUUUGAUUUGGCGAUGGCUUGGUGGCAAUGAUGACGAGUUGGCGAUGGCUUGGGGGUAAUGACCGGGAGUUGGGAGGCGCAAUGAGCAGCCAGCUGGAUGGAGCUUGAGGUCGAGGUGAUGAUGAUCUCUGAUUGAUUUGUCAUUCAUCUUCAUCU